AUGAAAACAGAUGACCUCGACACAUAUAAUCAUCAAGAAAAUCAAAUAUCACUCAUGUCAGGAAGCAGUUUUACUGGAGAACCGAACUUCGAUGGGAUAUUCGGUUCAGACUUCAACUUGCUGGAUACAACAAACAUCCAAGAUUCUCACACAUCCCUCCACGAAACACAACAACCGAAUAUACAUGAACAACAGCAGCAGCAUGAAUCUCAAAACUCGAUUCAGAAUACAUCGCAACAGCACCAGCAGCGACCCAUACAAGAUCAGAAUAAUACGCCAACUUCUACAACUCAAGUAAGUGGUGGUGGUGGACCCUCCACCACUUCAAAUCCUGGUGCUUCUUCGUCGCAGGACCAAUCUGUAAAUACAAACACACACAGACAAAAGAGAACAAGGGCCACGGGGGAGGCAUUGGACCUGUUGAAACAAGAGUUUAAACUCAACCCAAACCCAAACUCCAAACGGAGAAAGAUGUUGUCUGAAUCGACGGGUUUGCCAGAGAAGAACGUUCGAAUUUGGUUUCAAAAUAGAAGAGCUAAAGUUAGAAAAUCAGAACAAAGUAUUGGUAUUUCCAACAUCCAUCAGUCCGGUACAGUUGCCUCUGUUACUCCCAAUACCGCUUCAGCGUCAGGCGCUCCCACUACAGCGACUUCCCCACCUAUAAUACAACAAAACAUUUUGACGUAUUUCGAUAGAAUACAACCUUCUUGUAAUAAGAGUUAUUAUUUCAUAGACGUUUGUUCCAUAACCGUCGGUACUUGGAACAGAAUGAAAAGCGGGGCUCUCACAAACGAUAAUUUACCAACCAUUAGAAACUUAUCCAACUUAUCUCCUUUCUCAAUCAAUAAUUUAAUGUCAAACACCACAGAUUUGAUGGUGUUAAUAUCAAAUAAAAAUUUAGAGAUUAAUUAUUUCUUCUCUGCAAUGGCAAACAACACAAAAAUCUUAUUCCGAGUAUUCUUCCCAAUCUCUUCCAUAAUAAAUUCUUCUUUAAUAUCAGAAUCAUCUUCUACUUCAUCUUCGUCUGCCUCUUCUAAUUCGAACAGCAAUAACAACACCGAAAAUGAGCCAAUUAAAUUUGGUGAAUUGAAACUCAAUCUUUCCAAAUCACCAAAUUUUGCAGUAUAUUUCCUAAGCAACUCCAAUGAUCUAACGGCAAACCAAUGGUCCAUCUGUGAUGAUUUUUCAGAGGAUAAACAAGUCAGUGAAGCUCAUUUGAAUGGUACAAACAUCCCUCAUGUCUUGAAAGGUUUACAAUCUUCAUUAACGUAUAUGAAUUCGUUGGUUCUAAAACAUAACACUUCGGCAACUACAAAUAAUUAUACAACUAAUAUAAAGGAUAACAGUUUGAAUUUACAGGAGUCUACAAAUCAUUCUUCCACCAAUAAUAACAACAACAAUACAAAUACAAACUCCACGGCAACUGCAAAUAAUUUCUUAGAUAUGCAUCAAGGGUUUUUCGAUUUUAAUCAAAACUCAACAGGUUUAACUCCACAAUCUUCCAAUCAUUAUGAAUCAACAACUAAAACUUCAGCUCAAAAUUCAAAUCAGAAUUCAAAUCAAAAUUCUUCUUUACAUGCUUCAAUUCAAAGCACUUCAAACCAAUCUCCAAUAAAUAAUUAUCACACAACAACAAACUCUUCUUCACAUACAACCCCUUCAAACCACCUACAGAUGCAAAUACAUAACCAUUCCACUUCAAAUAAUAAUAAUUUCAACCAGAUGCAAACACAACCUCAAUUCCAACAUCAAAUGCAAAUGCAAAACCAAAUGCAAACUCAAAUUCAAAACCAAACGCAUCAGCAAAAUAAUCUUUAUAAUGCAAACGCAAGCCUGUCGUUAAAUAACGUUCAAUCAAUCCAUGAUCUGCAUAUACCCAACACUCCGGAUUUUUUCCAAUCAAACACUGAAUUGAAUGAUACUUCCAAAUGGCUAUGA